AUGCCACCGUUGACCCCCCUGAGUUCGUACGGAGGCUAUCGAGCGAUGCCGUACAAUCUGGAUGGCGAUCGUGCUCGCUCUAUGAAUGAUGCGGGUGCCGAUUCCUCCGUUCGCAGCGAUCCCGCCACACGUGGACGCCGGCCGUUCCAGCAGCCUGGUCUGUUCCACAAGGACCUGCGUGUGCUGAUGUAUGCCUAUGGAGAUGUACCGAAUCCACUGCCAGAGAGUGUGGCCGUUCUAGAGGAGAUGACGGUGGACUUCCUCACGGACUUGUGUCUACGGGCGGAGCCGUCCGUCUAUGCACUCGGCCUCACUUCGUCGCAGCUGGCUCAGAGCGCCGGCGAAGCGCAAGGUGAGCCUGUAUCGAGCGCCACGCUUUGUGGUCAGGCCUCGGCAAUGCAGACGUACCGCCAGCGCGCGAAACUUGACGACUUCAAGCAUGCGCUUCGCCACGAUCGCAAGAAGCUAGGUCGUUUGGAGCAGCUGCUAUAUGCGGAUAAGAUGGUGCAAGAGGCGCGGCGCAUUGGCGGCGUCGAGGAUGUGGCGGCGAACGCGGGUGCCCUCAUGUCCGACGCGCGGCCGUCCUAA